UUGGGAGUACUCUUGAAGUAUGUCGCUUCGUUACGUGGAGCUUUGCAAAGCACAGCUCAAACAAACGUGCGAUAGCUAAUGGUACGAAUAACAAUGAUGGAAGAGCCAACAUUAUAGGCGGGCCCCAGCAGGCGAGGUUGUCGCCGCCAAGAAAGCGGCCGAGGGCCGUCAGCCCAUUGAAGACAUCCAUCUUGAAUAGAUAAUAUGUAUUGGUUGAUUUUAUUCAUCAGUGACGGCUAAAACGAGAGCAAACAUUGCUGUUUUGCCUGCGAUUAGGCGAAACGUUGUUGGUGAUUGAGCCUCUGUUGGUUGGAUCAGGCUGAGAGGGGCAGUUGUUCCAGAUUGGAACCGUUAGCCGCCGAGCACUGAUGCUCAUCACGUGCUAGGUGCCAAACAGACAACCACCUUCACCUGAAGAAUAUUACAAAGUAUAUGUAAGGAGACUCAGAGGUUAUAGAAGAUUAUUUGGAUGCCGGCUCCUCAUCUAGCGAAAAGAGGGCCUUUGUUGACCAUCGCCACUAAUUAGGUGGUGGACAGCUACCCCAGCGGGAGUUUUGCUGGGACCCAACGUGCGCGCAGCAGCUGUCCCCAUAGUGCUGUGACCGACAGCCCCCAUAAGAAAUUACCGUUUCCAAGAAACAGCAUCUACGACAGCAUCAACUUCCAGCGACAUCAGCACGACAGUGCGGACACAAUAUACGCCCUCGAACGGUGCAGAGACCCUUUUUUGCAAGAUCACAACGCGCCGAUGAACGGCAUGAACGGCAAUGUGCCGGGGGCGGGCAUGCCCAUCCCGACGCCAGCAGGCCACCAAGCAGAGCUUAACUAUAUCUACAGCAUGGUGGAGGAAUUGAGCAGACAGUUGGCGGACAAUCGAAGAGUUACCGAGGAGAUCGUCACAGGGCUUGGCCGCGUACGGAAUAAGGCCAAGGUGCAGGCUCUCGACAACGGGCAGAUGAUUGACUCGGCAGCCGAAGAAAUCAAUGGCCAGGAGCGAAAUCUCGAUACCCUCAUCUCCGUCCUUACCGAAUCUCUAGAAAAAGCUAAGCACUCCCGCGACCAAAACGCAGCGCUGCUGUCACAGUAUGCCAAUGCCCUCGCGGCCAUGCUUAAGCAAUUCCACGAAUAUAAAUCAAAGCACGUUUCCGACGUAGCGUCAUGGCAUCGGUCGUACCGGGAACAGCUAGACGAGGCCCGCCGUGAGAACAGCCGGCUGCGCGAGCAGAUCUGGGAAAUGCAGUCCCAUGCUUCCCGCGCCAAUGACGGCCUACGCCAGUUCCGCCAAAAGUACGACGAGGACGAGAAGAGAUGGGACGCCAGAGUAGAAGAUAUUGCUUCCAGGCAGGAGCUGCGCUUCUGGAAGAGGAUGGCAAUGCCGGAGCUGGGUGAUGAAGAUCCGUACUGGAGUGGUGACGACGACGUCAUCGACGUGGCAGAAAAGAUGCGGUUAGCGACAUUGGACGCGCGAGCAGCACAGGAACAGCACCAGCAAAUGCUCAUGGAAGAAGAAGGAGUUGAGGGUCAUAUUUUAAUUGGCGGUAUCGCCAUGCAAAGAGACGAGGUGACGGGUACUCCAGUUCCCGUCCCACCACCGCGACCUCUGAGCGCCGGUUCUAGCACAGGAUCAACUGGAUGAUUAGAACCAUUUGCUGAGAUACCUGCUAGUAAUUGUAACAUAUGGGCGUUCUGGGGAGCACUGUCACUUUUAGUCAAUCAAAGACCUUGUAAAUUCCAGCCAUUCUUGUGCUUCACAUCUCCGUGCAACCACCAAUCAACAUGCUCGCUUCUUCGUCUCUCAUGCUAUACACUUUUCAUCAUCUAUACAUAUUAUACAACUUAAUAACCGCCCUGCUCUCGUCGUCUGUCUCCAUCUUCUCCAUCACCGCCCCCGCCAGCAGCAGCGGCGCCAGCUUGUUUGAUGCCCUCCUCGUCGCCUCGAAGCUUUGCAAAGUACGCCUUGAUGUCCUCUGCGCCAAUAGCCUGUCCACUGUUUGCAAAUUGCUGAAAGAAUGGCUUAAGCUGUUCCUUGAGAUGGUUAUAGGCCAUCACACCUUCGAUUGCUCUGACGCGGUCAACGUUGCGAAGAGCACUCUCGCCGCGCUCCAAAAGACUGCCGCUACCAUUGGUCGAGCCUCCAUGUUCUGACUGCCCAUCAUCAGACAUGGGCGGCUCAUAUACCUCUUCUUCUUCCAGCAGCUGCGGAUAAUUAUUGAGUUUUCGAUAGCAGUCUCUGCAGUGGCAAAACUUUUCUCGAAACGUAUCCUUGAAGAAGAGAGAGAAGUGCCCCGAGGGCCCAUCUGGUAAAUUCACCAAUUUACAACCCAGUGUAUCCUUGGCAGCAUCGGCACCUUCUGAUUUGGCUGUCGACGGAGCAUUAUCAUGAGGGGGUUCGCUUUUAACGCGUUUGGUUGCAUGCUCUUCGUCAGCAUCGUCUGCUUUCCGUUUUUUGCCCCCUUCAGACUCUGUAUCCGCAAUAGACUUGCUCGCGUCGAGGAAGACAGGUGAGAGAAAUCCUGCAGUUCCUGCAUAUUGUUUAAUCCAGGGAUUUGAUUCGACGCACUUGUAGCAGAUAAAACCUUCGAAUGCAUCUUCGUCUGGAAACCCAGGAGGCAUCGGUGGUUCGUCCUCGGCACCAGCAAUAACAGAGUCGUCGUUUUCUUCAGCAAUAGUGGAAAGCCCUUCUGGGUUCUUUUUCUUUUCUUUUGCAGAUUCCAUCUCCUCAUACCACUUGGGCCCUUUGCCAACAAGACAGCCGGGGUGAUACCAGUCCUCGCCGCAGCCUCCCGUCUCUUGAGUUCCCAAGCCCAAGCACUGGAACAUGGUACCCUUUUGUUCAAAUGGAUCGUAAUCGCAUUCGCAGCCACAGAAUCGGUUGCGGAAAUUUUGGUUGUACUUGUUGUUGGCAUCGGGUUCUUCAGAGUGAACGUUGCCACGGGUAUUGGUUUGUGCAUUGGUUCGCAAGGUACAUGGAGCCGUCGCGGGAAUUCUAGAUGUGCCGCAGUCGCAGGUAAAGUUGCGCUUUUGGAAGAUCUCGACAAGCGUGUGCUCGCCAUGGCACGAAACGGAGCAAGCAUAGCACAUGCCAGCGGGGACCCAGGAGGGAUCGGUUGGAGUGUCGGGUGCAGGGUUACAUGUUAAACAUGCAAAAACA